AUGAAGGGCAGACACCAAUUUCGACGCAGGUUCAGCUUACAACCGUCCUUUUUGAAGGAGGAGCACGAGGACGAAAGGAGGCCCCACAGCCGGACAGAGAAGGCGGAGGAUUCUGUAUCCGGCAGCGGGAACCUGACCAACAACGCGGCCCGGCACAAGAUCGUAGUGUUGGGGGCGGCGAAAGUCGGAAAAUCGUCUCUCAUAUCGCAGUUUCUCUACGGGACGUUCUCUUACAAGUACAAGCGGACGGUUGAGGAGAUGCAUCACGGCGAUUUCAACGUGUCCGGCGUGAGGCUCACGCUAGAUAUUCUGGACACGUCGGGCGCCUACGAGUUCCCAGCGAUGCGCACUCUCUCUAUGCAGUCGGCGGACGCCUUUAUUUUGGUCUACGACAUAACAGACGCGAACAGCUUCGCGGAAGUAAGGGCGCUGAGAGAUCAAAUACACCAGAUCAAGGAGAGCACCGCCGUGCCAAUAGUCGUGGUGGGCAACAAGGUUGACUUGGCCGAAACUGGCGAGAGGGAGGUGGAAUUCCACACCACGGAAUCUGUGGUGACCGUCGAUUGGGAGAACGGUUUUGUUGAGGCUUCAGCGAAAGAUAACGUGAACGUGUCGCAAAUUUUCAAAGAGCUGCUCGUCCAGGCCAAGGUGAAGUACAACCUGUCACCGGCUCUACGACGUAGGCGACGUCAGUCAUUGCCAACUGGGCCCCAAGGGCCGCCAGGAUCCGGCAACUCGUCAUCAUCGACGAAUGCCAAUCAGCCCCAUGUCCCAUCUCCGGCUCAGCUCGCACACCUUCAGCAAAUACGGGAGCGCCACGCCAACAGCAAACGGAACUCGUGUGUGAUCUCU